UGUGUUGCUCUAUUCAAUGAUUUAUGGUCGACUUCCCGAUACAUCUCGAGAGUCAACCAAGGAUUCUAAAAAUAAUAGUUUCUCUGAAUCAAUCAAACACACAAAGACUGAAUACCAAAGCAAACUCUCAGAGGCCGACGAUUUAAUAUGGAGGUUUCUAGAACCCAACCCUGAGUUAAGAUUAGGUUCGAAAUCGGGUGACAUUGAGAUAAUCAAAGAUCACCCAUUUUUCACUUCAAUAGACUGGGAGAAAUGUAUCUCUCAAGAUCUAGAACCUCCAUUCAUCCCUGAUCUAGAGCACGACCAUGACACCAGCUACUUCGACAGGAAGUUAACGACCCUAACUCUUGACGAAGGUAUUUGCCAAACAAUGGUUAUUGAAUAAAAAAUGGAUAAUUUAAGCUAAUAACUCAACUUGGACAA